UGAUCUGAAGAUUCAAGCAGUUGGCAGUGAACACCCUAUAAUUGCAACUGCGUACAUGAACCUAGGCACUCUGUAUUUAUACAGGAAGAAUUAUGCCGUGGUUCAGGAGUAUACCGAGAAAGCUCUUCACAUAUACAAGAUCAACCAGUAUCAUGAAGAUCAUCGGUCAAGCUGGUUUUGUAAGGAAAAUAUGGCAAAUUGCCUGCUGAAACAGAACAAGAUCAAAGAAGCUGAACCGUACUUCUGGGAUGUCUUUGAUAUCCAAACAAGGCUUGGCUUCCUGGCUGACUGUUUACCAUACGUUCACCACACAAUAUCUGAACACUACAUCGAUAGCGGGGAGUAUGACAAGGCUGACCGUAUCCUCACAGCUCUAUCCAUGUGUAAGGAAAAGAGGAGAGCUAAAACAUUUCUCUUGCUAGACAAACUUGAUCAGCAGCAACCAAGGUCAGAUGUUAACCCCCGUCCAAGGGAGCAAACUCUGGAAUAUGGAAUGGAAUUGUUCCCUGACAAUGAUAGCCUGUUUGAGCACAAAGUGAGGGUGCACCAUGUUGCCCGGGGGGAUCUGACUGGGCUGGAGGAAUUGCUCACUGCUAGGGAUGCUGAUGCAGACACAUACGAUGAUGUUGUGUACUGGUGUGUGGAGGAUGACAAGCCUGGCAUUGCUGGAGAGGUUAUAGACAGAGCUCUCCAGAAGUUCCCAGGCAACCAGAUGCUGAUAGGAAGGUCGGUGUGUGUGUGGUACAGUGCAAAACAGUUCCAGAAGGCCUUGACCUUGGUGAAACAACUGGAUCGUGAAGGUGUCCACAGUGAUGAAGUUCUAUUAGACUGUGCCCAGACAUUGCAUCAAUGCAGUGAAAAUGAGGAGGCUUAUCAAUGGCUGAAUAAGCUGCUGACUAGUACUGAUGCCUUAUCUGAUGAAAUGAAACAAGAGGUGGAUGUACUCAAGGAGAAGUUGGAUGCUGAAGCAAAGCUACAAUGAAUACAAAGAUACUUGGAUGAGGGCCACCAAAAUACUGAUACUACUGCCAGAUAUGUUCUACUGACUGACAUUAGUGACAUCUCAAACUUUCAUACCAGUUACCACAUCACACCUCCUUUAAUAUAUAUAUAAUGUCAAACCUCACUACUGUUUGUACAUUUAUAUAUUCAUGUGUAAUUCAAUCAUUGUCAAUAGAACAUACAUGUAUUUGCAAUGCAUUCUGAGUUUACCCUAUCAUUACCCCUUCAUUGCUUUGACCCUGGAUCAGGGUGCUGCUGCACAAAACGGGUUGUAGUCAAAAUGGCCAAAGGACAAAAGGGUCAAAACUGAAAAAGUCAAAAGGGUCAAAGAAAAGUCAAAAGGGCCAUAGAUCAAAGUCAAAUAAGAACAUACAAACUAAUAAAUAUGUUAUUAUAUUUGUAUCAUGUGUAUCAAUAUGUAGUAAUAAUAGUAAUAAUAUAUAGUGUGAUCAUCAUACAUUCAGGUGUUGAUAUGUGAUCAAAUACUACUGGAGUCUCAAUGGCUGACAUGGCUGCAGGUUGCUCGAACGCGACUGUAAAGUCUCCAACCAUAAACUUACCUGACUGAGACUCGGGCUCAGAGCAGACAUGGCAGAGAAAGUGAAAUUCCUCUCCAUUUUUGCAAAGACAAAGUAUUCCUCUCUAGUCAUAUGCAUGUUUGUGUCACAGCUACGAUGGGUCCAUCUCUGACAACGGUCUCUCUCCAGAGCAUGUUGGUUCUUCCUAACUGUCUUGUCACAAGAGACACACUUUGCAGGCAUGGUUACCAUUUGAAUUGUGGUUGAACUGUUCAUCUUAUACAGCAUUCUGAGUCAUGAGACCAUUCACAACUAAUUAAAACGAUAAUCUUGUUUAGAUUAUUGACUGGUGUAAUUGUCACCAGUGACUCUGUUAAUACCUCUUGUAAUCAUUGACAGUACAGUGUCUGUCAAUCAACUGUCUGUCAAUUGGGAGAUAACCAAAUUAACAGUUGUAUGGUUGACAAAACUCAUGAAAUAAACCUUAACCACUCUGAGAUGUUUCAAAUAAGCAACAGAGACACUGAGAUGUUUAGAAUUAAAACUACUUCAACAGCAUGUAAUGAAUUUCUUUAAUCUUAAGUUUGGCCAUUUCUACUUUAUCUAUGGCCCUUUUGACAUUCCUGUUGCCCCUUUUGACUUUUCUUUGGCCCUUUUGACUUUUCCAGUUUGGGCCCCUUUGUCCUUUUUUACCUGUUCCCCACAAAACAAUCUUGUUGAAGAAAUGGGAGUUAUAAUUGCACUUGCCUCCAGACAAACAAGUGGUUGACAGAUGGAUAUUGGGAUGACACUUAACUAGGUGACGUGGUGUGCCCAUCAAAUCCUUCAUGUUGAAAGCUGUAACAGCACUGGUGUAAGCUGGCACUUAUGUUGUUUUUACCAUUUGUAAAACUGUUAGUUGUCUGUGAUCUUUAUCUUUAGUGUUAGCUUUUAUAUUUUUUUACCUUUUUAUAAAUGAAACAUUUGAUUUCCUUGUUACUGUUGAAACAUACUGGUGAUAUUGGUACUUCAUCUUACCCUGAUUGUACGUUUUUUUAUGAGUGACAUGGCAUGUUAGGUUUCUCAGCUGGUCAACAAUAUGCUAUGAGCACUGUUGCAGGUCAUUGUGAUGCAAAUGUCAUGAUGCCAAUAGAGUCAGAUUCUAUCAUGUUUUACGUAGUUGAUACAUGUUAGUGGACCUGGUUUUCAUGCCACUUGCAAUGCGGUCCUAUACAAUAAGCCGCUAACAUCUUUUGUGAUGAAGAUUUAUUAACAGCAUGAGCAUCAAUCUACACAAUGGGGAUACGAUGUCAACCAGGUCAGCGAGCCUGACCAACGGAGCAGAGAUCAUGAAGAUUGUGGUAGGACAUAAGCUGUCCACAUUUUCCGAAGGUGAAGUAGCGGGGUCGGAUCCAGGAUUUUGGAGAAGGAAGGGGCUGCACAUAAAUCAUGAAGGAGAGAGAGAGAAUAAUAUUUUAUACAUUGCAUCUACUAGAAGAUUUCCCAGUCAUUUGGAAAUGUUUCAAAUAUUCUAGUUUGAUUGCUUUUUCAGGCAAUCUUAAGCAUUACAUAACUUUUUAUUAUAGAAUAGACAUGGCUUUUAUGUUUGUAUUUAAAUAUUAUUGACACUGUGUACAUUGAAUUUUGAUAUUUGAUAUUUAUAUAUAUGUUUAUAACUAUAUUUAUAUUAAUUUAUAUAUUAAUGUUAUAAUAUUGCAUGCCAGACCUGAACUACUCUUAACAAGACAGACACAUGGACCUUGAAUAAGUAGGAACAGCUCAACAUUCCUUCGUAACAGUAAAUUUGAAAUUGCUUUGCAAGAGACCACCAAGGUAUUUUUAGGAUUUCACAUUUCCAAAAGUUUAUUCUGCACUGACAUUUUUGUGUAAUCCCUUUUGGAUCCCUGUUAAACAAUUCCAAUGUAUUUUGUCAAUCUUUUUGUAUUUAAGGUCAACAGUACUCUUGCAUCUAUACAAACAGUUAUGACAUUUUCUUUUCGUUCAUAAAAUUAAUUUGGUUUAAACUCAACCCCUUUACAAGAGUCUUCUAUGAGUGAUGUGUUAAUGUCAUUUGGGAACAGUGCAAAUAAAACAUGUGACAAGGUUUCUCCUUACCUUAAACCUGACUUACAUGUGUAGAAGAUCGUAAAAUAUUCAUUGCAAGAGAUACAUGUAAAUGUUAUGUUUGGGAUUACAGUUUCUCCCUCAAGUACAGAUUCUAAAGUAUAACAGAUGUGAAAGGUUUUCUUAAACAGCUCAGCAUGAAAAUUGGUCUGUUAUGUCCAGGCUCUUUUGGAUCCUCUAUCUUCUUAUGUAUUGGCUAAAUUACACCGGUUAACCAUUUUCUGAGAAGACACCAGUGUCAUGAAUGAUAUUAAAUGUGAACAUAAAUAUCCAUGAAUAUAUCAGCACUGGGUUAGUAAACAUCCAUUGAUGGUGUCAUCAAGCUUUGUUAUUUUACAGUAUCCAUUAUUCCCUAUUUGUUAUCGCUUUGUUGAGAACUGUGCUUCCUUCUGCAUUUAUGUUAUCAGGAUCAAAAUCACCUGACGAUUCCCCCUUCACUAGAUAUCCCAAACCAUACAACAUAUUGAGUAUUCAUCUGUUUUAUGGACAGAUUUUAUGUAAAGAUUCUUCAUGGCAACUGCUAUUUCCUACCUGUGAUACUAUUUCUGUUAUUAAAAUUCAUACCCUGGGAUACUAAUACAAUCAAAUUAUCUAGUUUUGUUUCCGCAAAACAUAGAAAUAAUAAUAUGAAAUAUAUUCCCUGAAUUCAGGGACAAACAGUCAAGUCUUCAGACCACACACAUUUAGAGACAAAAGUUUAAAAUCACAAUGUUAUUAUCAGGCAAGUUAGUGUCUAAUCCAAACCGUUCACCAUUUUGCUGAUCUGGGGUACGUUUCAUCAAUGAUCAUGUAGAUAAGGGACAAAUCAGGCCAUUCAAAACCUUUAAAACCGUUUUCAACUUGAAACCAAACUUUCUAACUUACACAGGCGUUGUUCAAACAGUUCUGUCGAAGCUAACAAUAACCAAAAUUAUACACUAUCCUACAAUCUCCCAUUUCAUAUAUACCAUCUGAACAAAUACAAUCAAGAUUUACAGUAUUUCUAUAAAACACUUAUUAAAAACACGUGAGAGAAGUAAUCACUUCACCAAAUGGGAGUACGACCUUGGACACGAUAUUAAGGAACGAGAUUGGAAGAGCAUCAAUUCUAUCCCAUUUAGAUGCACGAACGUAACUAAACUACAGUGGUUCGAAUAUCAAAUCAUGCAUCAUAUCUUGCCAAGGAAUUGUCGUCUCACUAAGCUAUGUUAGGUUGACAGUACAAAAUGCAGUUACUAUUCUAAAGAAAUGGAAGAUGUCAUACUUAUAUUCUGGGCAUGCAAAGAAAAUGUUCUUUUUUUGCUAUUUAUCGAAAAAUAACAAUGCUUUAAAGCUUGUCAUUAUCCUGUCAAAACGAAUCAUUUUCAACUUUAGAAACAUUCCAGUUCAUACAGAAGGAGUUCAAUGAAUUUUAUAAGUUAACAAAGUACAUUACUUCAAUAAGGUUUGUUCAAACCAGAGAGAAUAGAAGCUGUAGAUUAUCCCUGGUCAAACUGCCAUGCUCUAUUCCCUUGAAUAUAUUGUUAUGCAAAUGCUUAAGAUAAAUAAACAAAUUUUUUUUUAAAUCUUGCUGAUCUGUCUAGGGAAAAAAAUAUUAAUUAAGUCUGUAUUGCGUUCAUGAUAAUGCACUACAUUAACAGCAAAAGGCACAAAGCGACUGUCAUUCACUAUUCGCAGGUUCUUAUUUCGCAGAUGAUGCUCAUUUCCUGAAAAUGUGUCGGUGUGAUUGCCUGGUCACAACUGUCCUUACAGUUGCCUUGUUUAUCUUCAGUGUUACGUAUUUCCCGUGGCUGUCGUCGUAAUUUCCAAAACCAUUCUCAUAUUUUCACGCCUUGAAGUCAGCGUACAUAAAAUGGAAGUAACAAACACUUCCGAUAACAGACUUAUCAAUAAUUAUUCUUGUUUAUGUUCAUUUAUUUCCCUCUUUGUACUAUUUUACAUUUCUCUGCAUGAUAUAUAUCUAAAUGUGUGGCAAAGAUGGGCAGCUGUUUAAACAAAAUUAAUGCACGAUAGAGAAACACACAUUCAAUAUCUUCCUCCGAUUGACGAAUAAACAUUGAAGUGAA